AUACUAAACCAGGUUCUCUCCUAAACCAGUUUGGGUAUUCUCGGUCUACGUACGUACCGCCGUCGUACCAAAGAAAAAAUACGCCAGUUAAUACCAUAGCUAGAGCUAGUACAGAAACAACUUGCAGACAAAAGGAUUUCAUUCGUGUGAAACCUGAAGUAGUAGAAGAUUUUAGUGACAAAAGUAUGAGAUAAUAAGUUUUUGGUGAUCUCAACAUCUUUGGAAAAUCCCGAAAAAAGAUAUUAUAGUAAAUAACCAAGAUGAAUUUUCAACUAAUCCUAGCAGUAGUAUUGCUGUCCAUAGCCCAUCAAACACAUCAGCAAUGUUUCCCACCGUAUUCCUUGGGACAACCUAGCCAAUCUGGACGCGUGGACCUGUACAGUGGGCAACAGGAGUUUUCCUUGGGUCUCCUCAAUGCCAUCAAUAGAUUCAUGCCCAAGGAAAACUUAUUUUUCUCACCCUACUCGACUUAUCACGCUUUACUGAUAGCUUACUUCAUGGCUGGAGGCCAGACAGAGGGUUACUUGAAGAAAGUAUUGAGAUUGGACCAAAAUCAGAACAAAUCUGACAUUUAUGCUGCCUACAAAUUGGACAAGUUCCUGACACAAUUGUCUGCCAAGACUGCACCCUACGAAUUCACCAGCGCCAACAAAAUAUAUGUAUCUGACGAUGUGCCUGUUAGAGACUGCGUAGUUAAUGAUUUUGAACAGGAAUUGGAGAAAUAUCCAUUCAAAAAAGAUCCAGAAGCAUCCAGAGUAUCGAUUAACACGUGGGUUGAAAACACCACCCAUCAUAUGAUCAAAGAUCUCCUACCACCAGGAAGCAUAGAUCCCACUACAACCCUGGUUCUAGUCAACGCUGCAUAUUUCAAAGGUAUUUGGGAGAAUAAGUUUAAUCCCAACCUGACCAAACCAGAAAUAUUUUACGUCAGCCCCACCAAGCAAAUUAUGGUCGACAUGAUGCACGUAGAGGGAACAUUCAGACAUGAAAUAUCUGAAAGUUUGGGUGCUCAUAUCCUCGAACUGCCUUACAAAGGAGACAACAUCAGCAUGUACAUUCUACUGCCUCCAUUUUCCAAUACAGAAGACUCUAUCGAGACGACUUUGAAAAACUUGAAUCUUGACAGUUUCAGAAGAAUCGUAGAUGGAGGAUCUCUUGUUUCGAGGACUGUACAAGUGGCUUUACCUAAAUUCGCUUUGGAGACCACUAUUGAGUUAGUGCCGGUUCUUGAAGAUAUGGGUGUUGGAGAUUUGUUCGAAGAACAAGCAAAUCUGUCAGAUGUACUUGAAGGCAAGGCAUAUCUGGGUGCAGCAUUGCACAAAGCUAAAAUUCAAGUAAACGAAGAAGGUACCAAGGCUGCAGCCGCCACGAUAUUGUUUAGCUUCCGUUCUAGUAGACCUGCUGAACCUGCUCAAUUCAUUUGCAACCAUCCCUUCAUUUACUUCCUGUACAAUAAGGUCGAGAAUUCUAUCCUCUUUGCAGGUGUGUUUAGAAGACCUCAUUAAAAAUGCAGGCUGCGACGGACACCUACGUCAUUAUUACGUCAGAUUUGUUGCGUAAUAAGUCAUGACGUUUCAAGUUUGCAACCCAGAUUACAUUGAGUCCUUACAAUCUUUCCUAAUGUACUCUUUUGACUAGGACCCUAAGCAUAUUAUAUUAUAUUUAUUGUUUUAUUAGGAGUAAAAAUGAUACUCUUUGUGGUAAGGUUGAACAUUUGACAUUACAGGCGAGAUGUAAAAAGUCAUUUUACUCCGAAUAGAACAUGCUAUUUUUUUCAAACGUUGCAAAUAAUAUAAAAUAUUUAAAAGUUAUACCUUGUAAGUUAUUAUAUGUACAUAUAUCGAGAAACUAUGGUUAUUCUCGUUGAACUUGACACUUUAUGUCAGUUUAAAAAUAUAUUUUCGUAGUGCCAAAGUGCCAAAAAUAAUAAUACUUUUGUGACGUUUGAAAAAAAAUAUUCUUGUUACAGUUCAGUGUAUUAUUGGUUGUAUAUCUAGGACAUCACACAUUGCAUCACAUGAAUUAAAAUACCGUAUGAUCGAAUAAAAACGGCGUCAGCGAUGGUUACGAAAUG